ACGCCGCGCCGGGUAGUGGUAGCGCCGUCGGACUUGAGUGUUCCGAAAGAGCAUUUAGAAAAGCAAAAACAACAAAGAGAGAGAAAAAAGACGUGAUUUUGUUUUUUAGAAAGUGACACAAGAAAAGAUAGAACAUAAAGCUAGCCAGUGACGCUCGCCUUUCCAAAUCAGAAAUUCUGGGUGGGUCGCGCCCAUCUCAAGGUCAUGAUCCCGUGCCAACACACCUUAAGUGCCCCUCUGUUGCUGUUGCUGCUUGGCACUAGCUUGGCGUGGACCGAUGCUGCCCCAGGGGCAGAAGAGAAGUAUGGUGCCACGAGUGUCUCCCGCCCCCUCCCGCCGGCGGUGGGAGUAGCGCAGACCGCGCAGAAGGAGUCGAGAGAGCAGGGAGACGGCCAGACGCAAGGGCUGAAGAAAGAGGCGAGGUCGGCCCCCGAGCCAGAGGACGAGCUCUUCAAGGACGUGGACCCCAAAACCCUGGCGGCCGUCCUGCUGGAGGCCCUGAACCAGCAGGAGGGAGCCAACCAGGAGGCUGGAGAGGGGGCUGGGAAGGGGGAGACCGCGAGAGAGGCGCUCCGGGGAAGCUCGGAAGAGGGGAGGCGUGAGGAGGCAGAGUCGCAGCUGAUCUGGGGAAAAGAGGGGCUGGAGGAGCGAGAGAGGGAUCAGGAGGAGGAGGAGAGGAAGAGAGCAGAGGAGGAGGAGAGGCUGACGGAGAGGGUGAAGAGUCGGACACGGAGCCAAGAAGGUUUGGGUGUGGAGAGCAAGAGCCAGGAAGCUGGAGGGGCAGGAAGAGGGGGCGAGAGGGAGGAGGGGGAGGAGCGCGUGAGGGGGGGAGGGCAGGAGGAACAGGAGGAACAGCUGAGCCCCCAGGAAGUGGAAAACCUGCAGGCCAUGCUGGAGGAGCUGCAAAGCUACAGCACCACCACCAAACGAGAGAGGGACUCCCUUAACGUGGUGGAGCGGGGAGUUGGGAAGCCCAAACUAUGGAAGGACAGAACUGGGGGUUACAAGGCCAGCCUGGAUUCUGAAGCCAAUGAGGUCCUACAAGAACUGGGGGCCUAUGAGCGCGUGAUGGGGGCCAUGAACAAAGGGAAGACACAGCAGAACAAAAUAGAUGUGGAGUUGGGGGGGGACACAAAGAGGGGGAAGCAGUCGUACAUGGGGCAGAACUUCUUCGAGGAUUCCAACCAAGGCGUGGAUGACGAAGAGGAGGAGGAGAUCCUGAGCCCUGAGGAAGAAGAAGCAAGGGCCAGGGCCGAGCAGGAAGAGGUGAGGAGGCAGGCAGCCGAGGCGCAGCGUGCCAAGGAGGAAGAGGAGAAGCUGGCCGACAUCGCCUCCGACCUCCUGCUCCAGUACCUGGUCAAGCAGGACGGGGCCGAACACAGGAAGCAGCAGAAGCAGCAGAAGCAGCAGGAAGAGGUGCUGAACUCCCUGGCAGGGGCUCGGGGCAAGAAGCUGCCCGUGGUCAGCAGUAACGCAGCGGAGGACAAGCGCUCCGAUGAGGACGAUGACGACGACGACGACGACGACGACGACAUUGACCCCCAGACCAUCGACAAGCUGAUCGAGAUCUCCAGCAAGCUGCACCUGCCGGCCGACGACGUGGUGGACAUCAUCAACGACGUGGAGAAGAAGAAGAAGAAGGACGCCCCCGAGCCCCGCCCGCGCAAGCUGCCCCCACCGCCCCGCAGCAACUCACCCCCACCUCUGCCCGCCCCCCAAAAGCCGCGCCAGAAGGACAAGUUCCUGCCCAAGCAGGCCGCUCGUGUCUGGCAAAAGCAGACCUUCUCAUCCUACCCCUCUUACUCGCCCUAUCAGAAGCCCUUCCGCUCCUACUACCCCUUCUACUACCCACCCCCCAAGCCCCGCUUCCGCAACCAGGAACUGUCCGUCAACGACAUCCUGGGAAACUCCCUGGACUACGACCUGGACCCCAGGCCCUGGCGGUACCAGCUCAAGCCCAAGCCCAAGCCCAAGCCCUGGUCCCGCCCUCAGCCCAGCGCCCUCUUCAUCUCCAACUACAUCCGCCCCAGAACUUACCUGCCCCCGCCCCCGCCCCGCCGCGCCCUGCCCCCCGCCCGCCGCCGGCCCUACUACUACUCCAAGCCCAUCCCGCUGAUGCCCCGCGACGAAGACUACUACGACCCGGGGCAGGAGAGCGAGGAAGAGCUGGAGAACUUCAUCGAGAAGGUCUUCCUGAAGCGCCCUCGGAUGUUCUAGUGAGAACAGGCCAGCCGGUGCAGUAGGAGUGCGUUUCUGUUCCAUUAGAUCUGUUUUUUCCAUUGGUUCGGAAGGGAGGACCUGUAUGUUUAUGCCUUUACCGGUUUCUCUUUCCGUUUUCUGACUCCUAGUACUGUCAGUGGAUGUUUGUGUGUCGUUCCGGGUUACUUUCUAAUUGCAUGAAUCGGACAGGGGAACCAGAUGGCCACUGGCCUCACUCCCCUCCACCCCCUUGCCCAACCUGCCAACAGAGACAAGCAGUUUUUUUUUUUAAGGGGGAGGGGUGGGGGGUGGGGGUGGAGUGAAGAAAAUGAACUAAAAUAUGAAAAAAAAUACCAGUCCUUCACUGUGCCAGUCCCCCUACCCUGCAUUUCUUGAUCCAGCUGUGUGGCCUUCUUUGAAAGACCCAUUCCUGGUUAUAAAGCCUCUAGCACACAUCUUCAAGAAAGUCCAGAUAUAUCAUUACUGACCCAUUCAUCACCUACCUCAGUACCUUUAACCUUCCGCGUACCUGUCAGCCUAUUUUGUGCCACCCCCCCCGUCGCAGAAGCUUGGCUUCUUGUGGCGCUGAGAACGUGCGUCCCUGUAGGAUCUUCCGUCAAAAACACCUGCGGACACGGGCCGGAUGACGUCACCGACUUCGGGUCUCCCAAGCUUCCAGCUCGCGCUCUAAGUCGGCUUUCUGAAUAUCUGACGGCUGGCGAGAUCGGUUAUGCUCCCGCCUCUCGAACCACGGUCAGCACGCGAAAGAAAAAAAUAGCGAGAUGUCGUCAGGGAUUUAAAUGCUUGGAGAUGGGACUCCAACGUUAUGGAUGGGGGGGGGGGGGGUUGAUGGCUGAUGACGUCAUUGUUCGCGCCAACGUCACCUGCCCGAGUAGAUCAGAGUGAUCUAGAAGUCUUAAAGUAUUCGAAGCCCAACACACCUGCAAUCCCUUUCCCCGCCUCCUAAAAGACGUGACGAUCACGGCCUGAGUCGGAGACGUUUGCUGCGAGCUACCGCGUCGUAUUGCUGAAGCAGAUCCAGCACAAAACCAGUCGAACAUGAGCGACUUGGCCUUUCUUGCGUUCCUGAAUCACAGAACUGAACUUGCACUUUAUACAGAAUUCUCCCUGGCUGAUUCUUAGUUCCAGAAAUUGAAACUAUGUCGUGGUUUACCGACCUGUAUCAUCAUUAAGAGCAGGAAUAGUAAAGCGUUUUGCUCCUGUGCGGAACUGGUUUUGUACUCAAACUAAAGAGUGUUUAAAAUCCAACCCCCCCCCCGCAAAAAAAAAAGUUUUAACGAACAUUUUCUCUCGGUAGGCUGUUUUCACCAGUGGCGGUAUCAAACUGUGGGCGGAACGAUUCUCCUUCUCCAAGCACUGUCGCUCGCGCUCUUUCCCGCCGUUUAGAAGAACGCACACAGAGGGGCCGCGCGCCACCUAGUCCGACUGUUCCCGAUCGUCACCCACGAGCCGAAUAAGACCGACUGGGGCUGCGGUCCUCGGUUUGAUAUUCGUGCGCAGUCGAGAACUGACUCAUAGUACAAGACUACAUUUGGUUUUUCUUGUAAGGGUGAACGUUAAAAGAAGACGGCGCGUUAACUCGGAACAAGCUGUAGACAUGCGCUACAUUAAGGGAAGAACGAGACGUGACUGACCAGGUGUCGGACGCCUAGGAGAGGGCAUCCAUGGGCAUCUUUCAGCGAGAACGAGAGGACGACUGCUGGCGCGGCAAAGUCACAGUUUGCUCCGCCGAGCUGCGCGCAGUGUCCUUACGGCGCACUACCCCUCUUGGCGAGACACAGAAGUCAAACUCUUACCUCACCCGGCCCAGGAGCCCGGGGUCGGCUUUUCGGUGGCCCGACUCGAGCCCUUUGGAGCUCGAUACUCGGACUUUUCCUUUUCGGACCAACGUGCCAUUACACCCAUAUCUCACAGUAUUCAACCGACAAGUGUCAGGGUUAAACUAAGCAGAAAUCCAAGCCUAUGUGAUUCGUAGUUUAGUUUUUCCUGAAUCCAUGACGGUCUUUAAUAGUUUUUUUUAUGUUCUUAGAACACACGACACAAAACAGUACAAAACUGAGGUGUACAGACCUGUAUUACCUCAAACAGUAUUUGCCUCGCCUUAAAAGCAGGUUGGUAAUUUUACAUACAUCGUAUUCACUCGGAGUGGACUCGUAACCUUCAAGGCGAGGGACAAGCAAUCACUGCCAAAUGUUAAGUUAGGGGAUUCGAAUCAAAUGUCGAUUUGAUAGAUCUUUUAAAUGAGGCGCAGGCACUAAUGAGCAGGUGGGUUGAAUUGACUAACCAAGAGAGAGGCUAGUUACCGUGUAUUCGUAAAGAAGCAACGCAUUCAGAAAUAUCGUUAUCAGACAUAUUAGACGUAGCCAACUUUGUUAUAGAAUAACUAGAGUUAAGUAACAUUUUUUUCUAUAAUCUGUUCUGGUUUCAAGUAAAUUGCUACAUGCUCAUCGUCAUCACUUGAAAUUGUAAGCCCUGAAGUACACACAGCGGGUAUGGCAGGUUAAAGGUAAAAAUCAUCGCUGUAUUUGAAGCAGUAAAGGAACACUUAAGGAAAACCGUCGGAAGUAACUUGGCAUCUGUUUUCUGAAUUUUUUUACACUAAUUUCCUAUUCUUCAUUGUACCCGAGGUUUCUUACUUGUACAGAUGUGUCUGAGGGUCACACGUAUUUAUUUCCUUGACAAAUUUCGGUGCAAAACAUCAUACAUUCCAAACAUUUUUGCAUAGAAGUUUAAAAAGAGCGGUAUACAAAAAAAAAAAAAUCUAGUGAUAGUAAACUAUUGCCUUAUAAAACACCUGGGUCCCAUCCGUCACUGCAGGGUGUUUCCGGAAAAUCUAUCUGAAGGUGUUUGUGACCGUUGUUGCUAUACUUUCCGGUGAAAAUAAGCGUUUUUUGUAUGUUAGUUUCCGUAGUAUAGCUCAGGCAUGCUGCUAAUGUUGUGUGAUCCUGUGGAUUCGUCGUUUACAAAUGGAAGGCGUGGCAGAGUGUUUGGGAAGCCAAAAUAAAAUAAAUCCUUGGAUUUUUUUUAUGCUUUUUGGCAAAAUUAGUAGUGACAUUUUUUUUUUCUUUAAAGAAGAGUGGCGAAAAAACAUGAAAAACUACGUGCUGAAACCCCUUACCUUUCUAUCUGGUACUCAGAAGCCAGAGGCUUAAGUGACGUCAUAAAAUACAGGACGUCAUUGGACUUUAUUAGCCGAUGCACGAGAGAUAUUGAAGCACAGAGAGUGUGGUUUAUAAUUAUGACACAUUGUUUUUUAAAUGAAAGAAGCGCAAGGGACCUACAACUCAAACGAUAAGGAUGUUUAAUCUCUUCACCUACGGGCAACAUUCCAUUCGCUUGCCAUUUAAGAGGCUACAAUGGCGCCUUUUACAGAUCGACCGCUUCUAGUCGGGUAGGGGUUCGCUCAGGGAGUUGCAGAGAGAGGGGUGGGUGCGGCGCUCGCGCGGAGGAGCGCGGCAGAGGUGUCUAAUCACGAGAACAGCCGGGCAGUGGCGAAAACCGAAGGAAACGGACUAAUUUCUGCACGUUUGUCUGUACUGCAUCUCACAACCGCUGUGGAAAACAUAACGUGUUGUUUUUGACAAAAUCAGUGGGAAUACUAUUCAAUGAAGAAAAAAAACUUGAGUAAUUCUGUAAGUCUUGUACAAGGAUCCUGUCUGUGAUGUUCUUUAUAGAUGUACCUGUAUUUAAUAAACAUGCAUUGACUCGAUGUAAAUAGCAUGUUGAUUACUAGUUUUGCUAUACAGAGAGAAAUAAAUAAAAGCAACUAUUUUAUUAAA